AUGGAAGACCCCUUUGUCCAACGGGUCCUUGAGAUUCGUCUAGGCGGACGCUACCAGAUCUGUCAACCGUUAGGCUCAGGCACUUUUGGAAGAGUGUACAUUGGACGGAACGUCUCUACGGGUCAGGAGGUGGCCAUCAAGCUCGAACACAAUUCAGUGAUGCAUUCACACCUGGGGGAAGAAGCCGACAUCUAUGAGUCUCUCCGUGGACGACCGGGCAUGCCUGAAGUCUACUGGCACGGGUUCCGUGACGACUAUGAGGUCUUAGUCUUCCAGCUACUGGGACCCAGCCUCGAAGAUCUCUUCCGAUACUGUAACAAGAGACUUUCGCUGAAAACCACAUUGAUGCUGAUGGAUCAACUUCUCUGCCGGGUGCAGACGCUUCACACAGCGGGCUAUCUUCAUCGUGAUAUCAAACCUGACAACUUCCUGCUGGGGACUGGGAGACAAGGCAACACUGUCUUCAUGACAGAUCUUGGACUCGCCACUCCUCACCGUGCUACCAGCGAUCAAGACGUCUCACGCAGCGAUACAGACCCCCCCAUCCUUCAGUUAGUAGGCACGCGCGACUAUGCCAGCAUCAAUGCUCAUUUCAGAAGCGUUCAAUCACCACGUGACGACCUUGAGUCACUGGGUUAUAUGGCCGUGUACUUUCUGUCCGGGAGCCUUCCCUGGGAACACUUGCAAUGCCCCAAGGAGGACGCAGACCGGCUAGUCCUGGAGUGCAAGCAGACAACCUCUGUGGAUGUGCUCUGCGAUGGUUUACCCCCAGAAUUUGCAACCUACAUGAACUACGUUCGUGGAUUGGGAAAUCAGGACCGUCCAAAUUACAAGUACCUUCGGCGUUUGUUUGACCGUCUUUUUCGCCGCAACGGUUUCGUUUAUGACAAUAUGUUUGACUGGACCCUUCAAGAGUAUGACAGGCUGUCUUCCCUGAACCGACCGCAGUCCACCACAUCCACCAGUAUCAAUGCCAGACAAAAGACACAUCGCCGCCGUGCAGCCAGACGCGGCCGGAAGAAAAGAGUGUGA